AUGGCGUCUCCCGUGUUCCGCGAGUCCUUGCCAUUGCCUCCUCCCUCCGCCACAUCCGAGUCGAUCCUCGUUCGACAACCACUCGUUCUUACAGAGCCAGCACAUGUACUCGACUUGCUUCUACGCAUCAUUUACCCGGUUCCUACCCCAACACUCGACAAUCUCUCUGUAUUGGCAAAGGUAUUGGCCGCCAGCAUCGAGUAUGACAUUUCGGUAGCCACUACUACGCUACGGAAGCAGCUCAUUUCCCCCUCAUUUCUCUCCAGCGAGCCGCUUCGCGUCUUUGCGAUUGCGUGCAGAUUUGGUUUCAAGGAAGAGGCGACAGAGGCGUCUAAUGCUACGCUUUCCAUGAAUAUCGUGGAUGCUCCCCUCGUCGAAGAGCUCAGAUACGUCUCGGCGUAUGACUAUCACCGCCUCCUGUCCUUUCAUCGCACACGCAGCCGGGCGGCAAGAAAUGUCGUGGGCCUCCGUGGGAAGUCCUGUCCGGCUCGGUGUAUGGGAUGCAGCUACAAUGAUCCUGGAGGGCAGGCCUCGCUUCCUAGAUGGUGGUACAGCUUUGAAAAGCGAGCAAAGGAGGAACUAGAGCGGCGGCCACUCACAGACAUCAUCUUUUCGAUGCGCUUUCUUUCCGAAUGCGAAGGCUGCCCUUCUUGCGGAGGGAAUAUGUUGGACUCUUUUCAUUUCCUGGAAGGUUUAAAGGCAGAACUCGACGCACUCCCUGAUCGAAUAGCGGACUAG